UCUCCCCCGCACUCACAUCUCAGACACGCACCGACACACCAGACUCUGACUGCUGCUGCUCCAUUCCCCCGUGCUCAUGAACACAUCCGAGGAGCCUCCGUGGAAACAACCCCACUCUUUCCUUUCACGUAUGGACUUUGGGGAGCUUUUUCCACGGCAAGAAUACUGGGGAUAUUGACCUGAUUUUACACGCCAUCCGUGUGGAUUUUUUAUUGGAGUGGGUUGCCAUCGCCUUUUUGCGCACGACUUUUAACCAGCGCUGAGAUGAAUUUAAAACGGUCGGAAAUCAAGUAAGUUACACUGAUAAGAGAUUCUCUUGGCGUGGUUCUGCGCUUGGUGGGGAUUCCCUGUGCGCGCGCGCGUGUGGGGACUGACAAGCGCGUGGAGCUCUGAGCGCACGCAGCCAGCAGGGGAGAAAAUGCACUUCUCGCCUUCCUCGCUCCUGCUCGGCGCGCGCAAUUACAGCGGCGGGGACAACUACUCUUUGCCAUUGCUGCACAGAGACAGUCUCUUGAUGAUGAGUGGCACUGGAGGACACGCCGGCAACUUUAGCGACGCCGAGGCGGGCAACAUCUCCGACCCGUUCGGGCGUAACGAGGAGGUGGCCAAAAUCGAAAUCACCGCCCUGAGCAUUACCUUCGUGGUGGCGGUGGUGGGGAACGUGAGCGUUCUCCUGGCGCUCAACAGCAACGCCAAGAAGAAGAAGAAGAGCUCGCGGGUGCACCUCUUCAUCAAGCACCUGAGUCUCGCGGACCUGGUGGUGGCCUUCUUCCAGGUGCUUCCGCAGCUGUGCUGGGAGAUCACCUUCCGUUUCUAUGGGCCGGACUUCCUCUGCCGGAUAGUGAAGCACCUACAGGUGCUGGGGAUGUUCGCGUCCACUUACAUGAUGGUGAUGAUGACCCUGGAUCGGUACAUAGCCAUCUGUCACCCGCUCAAGACACUGCAGCAGCCGACGCAGCGGGCCUACGUCAUGAUCGCCACCACCUGGGCUUGCAGUUUGGUGCUGAGCGCGCCACAGUACUUUAUUUUCUCCCUGAGCGAGAUCCAAAACGGCUCGGACGUCUACGACUGCUGGGGACACUUUGUCGAGCCGUGGGGCGUGCGCGCCUACAUUACCUGGAUCACGGCGGGGAUUUUCCUCGUGCCCGUGGUGGUGCUGGUGAUCUGUUACGGCUUCAUCUGUCGCAGCAUCUGGAUGAACGUCAAGUACAAGACGCAGAGGCGCGCGGGGACAACCGCCACCGGAGCGGAGUUGCCUCCACACCGGAGCGGGCUGAUCGGCAAAGCGUCAGUCAGCAGCGUCACCAUCAUCUCGCGGGCCAAACUCAGAACCGUCAAGAUGACUUUCGUGAUCGUGCUAGCGUACAUCAUCUGCUGGGCCCCCUUCUUUAUCGUACAGAUGUGGUCGGUGUGGGAUGCCAACUUCUCCUGGGACGACUCUGAGAACACGGCGGUCACGCUCUCGGCGCUGCUGGCGAGCCUCAACAGCUGCUGCAACCCCUGGAUCUACAUGCUGUUCAGCGGCCACCUGCUCUACGACUUCGCCCGCUUCUUCCCCUGCUGCGCCCGGCUGGGCCUGGUCCGCGGCGGCGCCUCCUGCCGCAAGGACUCGGACGGCAGCCUGCGCCGCACCACCCUCCUCACCCGCAUGCCCCCCAUCGUCUCCUCCGGGUACGGCAACGGCAACGGGAGCGGGAACGGGAGCAGGAACGGCUCGCGCAGCGGCGGACACAACAACGAGGGCUCAGACAUAUGGAGGGGGGAUAACUGUGACAGCUCGCGCAAGUCCAGCCAGUCCCUGCCGAUGGAGGGGAACUUCAGGUGAAGUCCAGAGAGGAGGACGAGGAAUAAAGACAUAGAGAGCUGUAUGUGAGAACUGACAGAACGUUUCACUUUUGUGUGUGCCGAAUGUAAAUUGUGUGAAAAAAAAAGCUUCAUUCUUCCUUAUUUAAGCACCUCAAGGAUUUUCAACAACUCACACAAGUCAUGUCGCUGUGUACUGAAGGAGGCUGUAGGCCAAGAGGACAUGAGACUUUUUUUCAUAACAUCUUCAAUUGAACACUUUUCGGAGUGCUUUCGGAGCAGCAGCAAACUGUGGAUUGUGGGCCCUAUGUACAGUCAGCUCCACUGGACCCCCCCAUAUAUCUACAUUACACUGUCUGGGCCCCCUAUACACACUACAUGGGGCCCUGGUAACUCAGUCACACUUCACCCCCUUGUACCACACCACUGGGAGCAGGUAUAAGUUGCAUACAUUG